UCCUCGCUUGCUCCCCGGGGGUCUUCAACACGUUAGAUCUGCUGCAGAGAAGAAAAAAGAAAAAAACGAAAAAAAGAAAAGAAAAGAAAAGAAAAAUGAUGUCGAGCGGCUAUACCAGUCUCGACAAUCAAAAGGUUUCCGGAUCCGUACCUGCAGUUUCGGGUCAAGAUCACGUCGCCGUGAACUUCACAGAGUCGAAUCUCCAGACGUUUCCGCCUUCUUCUGAAACACAGGGGAAGAUCUCCGGUGCAUAUCGACCUCCAAAGGAUGCCGACGAUACAUUCUCAAAACCAGCAGCUGGUAGUCCUGAUGAAGCUCAACCAACUGGUUGGAUGCGAACAUUCACAGUAGCAGCUUACAAGCCAUACUUUGAUGUGGACACUUCAGAUGUUCUCGAAAGGAUUAAAGACUCACUUUUUCCUUUUAAAGGAACCUUCUCUGAAAAGACUGCUAACAAUCCAGACUUGUAUGGUCCAUUUUGGAUAUGCACUACGCUGAUAUUUGUUGCCGCAUCUAUUGGCACGUUUGUCACAUACUUGGCACACAAGCUGCAGAAGAAAGCGUGGGACCUCGACAUAAACUUGGUCACAUGGUCAGCUGGCUUGUUCUAUGGCUAUGUUACAGUUGUUCCUCUUGGCUUGUACAUCCUUCUUAAGUACUUCUCGGUACCAUCUGGGCUCGUCCAGCUCUUUUGUCUCUACGGAUACUCACUCUUCAUAUUCAUUCCUGCCUCAUGUCUCUCUGUUGUGCCAUUGGAGAUCUUUAGGUGGGUCAUUGUGGGUGUUGCAGGGUUCAUGUCAGCAACCUUUGUUGCCCUUAAUCUUCGAACCCACAUCAAAUCGGCAGGGGAAAGAUGGUUCCUGAUUGUGGCAGGGAUCUUUCUACUGCAGUUGGCUCUGGCCGCUGUGCUGAAGCUCUAUUUUUUCACCAUAACGGUUGGGAAGUAAUAAGGAGGAAAAUAGCCUUCAUCAGUGGCAUGAAGAGUAUUGUAGAUCAUAAUACAAAGAGAUAGAGGGAGGGAUUAUAUUCUUUGCUGGUAUGUUUUUUUGUACUUGCAACCUUAAUAGAAUCCAUGACCUGUAUUCUUUCAAUUUUUGGCAACGUUACAAAAACUCAUGUAUUCUGUUUCU